GCAAGGGAUAUGAAGAAAACGAGAGAAGAAACUUGCAAAUGAUACGACGAAUACGGGCAAACCGCUUGCUGGCAUGCUGCCCGAAGCGAAAGAUACCCUACACACCCUCCUCAAAGCUUGGACAUAUUUCUGUUGCUCGCACCCUCAAAUCUAAUAUUCGCAGCAAGUCCGUCCUGGGUCCAAGGCGGGCCUGGCUAGGUCACCUCCGCCUCCCCCCUCUCUGCCUGUGGAGUCGUUGCGUCGUUGCGUCCCUUGAAGCCUCACGCGAACCUGGCAGCCAUCGGGUAUCCGACCCUGUCUGUGCGGUUAUAGCACGAGCCGUCGUGCACCCAGCAAGCAGAAUCUAGGUGUCUCACUAAGCGGCUGCUCUUCGCAAACACGGCUGGCCCACGAACAGAGAGGCCCCCUGUUGAGUGGACACGAGCUGCCGCAGCUUCCCGUCGCACAUGAACUUAUUGUCCAUGCAGAAAGAGAAGGAAACAAGCGCACUCAAUAUCGCGAAGAAGAACUCGAAGACGUGUGCCAAUUCGCCUGUCUCCAUCCCAAGUGUUGUAGAUUCCGAGUUGGGCAAUCGCUACCACCAGUGCGACCACCGUGGCCAGCAAAGAGAAAGUCAUACCCCCCAGCUUACCAAAACCAGCUUGCCGCGCCACAGCGCUGAGCAGAACAACGUCCACAAACGACAUCGUGAUCUCAUUGGUAUACUCCAGCUGGUGCGCCGCCGUCUCGAAGGAACCGAGACUGACAGAUACUAAUCAGCUGAGAUGAACGUGGCCAGCACGUUGAAGAAGAUGAUCACCUUGAGGACAAGGGGGUGGCUGUAAACAGCCACAAGGCUGCGCGGCGAGAACACGAGCGCAUACACCUGCACGCAGGAAAAGGCGAACGUCGCCCAGAACUCGAUCAGGUGGAACACGACAUCAUGAGCAUCUCGAAAGGUCUUGUCCAUAGCGGUGAUAGUCAAACAUGCUAUAUUGGUACCAGUGUACAUCAAACAUAAGAUUGAUAAACCCAAAUUCUUAGUAGAAAGUUCUUGCAGCCUCUCCAACCGGUGGCUCAGCAUGACACCUGCGACAGGGGUAUUGUUGGGAAUGGGGCAACAAAGAAAUGUAUCGUCAUCGAUAUGCAUCUGGUAAUCCGCCAAACGCUUUGCCGCGGCGGGUGUGGGCCGAGUCGCUGCUUCUACGCGAUUCUCAGAUUCUAAUAUUUACGUGGCAGCUCGUUCCGAACGCGGUGGCGGACCCGCGCGGCAGCGCAUUUGGAUAAUCAACAGACGCGCCCGCUGUGUCCAUUGCUCCUGAAACGCCUGAAUACUUAGACACUGGGCACUCAGGGUGAGUCGAUGCGGCAUGAAGAACCCAAGCUUGGGCCU